AGAAACCUGUGACGUUACUCAGACUAUUUCUGUAUUUUAUGGCGCAUAUUUUGAAUUUAUAUUGACAUACUUAUCUUUGUGUACAUUUUAAUGUUAUUAUCAGUAGGUACAAUGGAUAACAAUUAAUGUUAUUUCAGUCACAGUGUUUUACAUUCUACUUCAAGCGAUCCAGCACAAUAUAUAUUAAUAAAAUGACCCAUAGAGUAUUUGUUUAUGGGACAUUGAAACGUAAUGAGCCCAACCACUACUGGCUGACCAAACCUGAGAAUGGUUAUGGCAAGUUUAUCGCUGAGGGAAGAACAAAGACAAAGUAUCCACUGAUAAUAGCCACUAAGUAUAAUAUACCAUUCCUUAUUUAUAGUCCUGGUCAAGGAUAUAAUGUUAAAGGAGAAAUUUAUGAAGUUGACAAUACAAUGCUGAGUAAAUUGGACAUAUUGGAAGACCACCCGAAUUACUAUAUUAGAGAAAUAGAUGAUAUUGAAGUUAAAACGUCGGAUUCAACUGAGGGAGGAAUAAUGAAAUGCUGGGUAUAUUUCCUCAAGAGUUUUAAACAGGAGUUGCUGUCUCGGCCUCAAAUGGAUGACUACUCUUCGAGCGGCAGUCACGGUCUACCCUACAUGGAAAGGUCUAAGCGAGAUCCCUCUUAUAACUAUCGUGCUGAGAUUAAGGACUGAGACCAGAGCACUUGAAUCUCCUUCUAUGUCUUAAGUCUUAUAUUACUUUGUUUUUAAUUACUUAAAUACUUAAUAGAUUUAUAUUAGUUUGUUUAAUUCCGCUACAAUUAGCAUGUGGGAGAUCACAAAUAGUCCGUG